AUGUCAACACUGUAAAAAAAACUAUCCGAUGAAAGGAAAUGUCAAUAAAAAUGAAUUUUCGUCGUCAAUCGUUUUGAAUUUUGAAGUGAUUAUUGUUUUGAAAUCAGAACCCUCGCUUUUACGACUACCGAAUGACGAUGCCUUCCUCCCCCGGUGCAGCCUGAAGUAACAAUGUACGACAGCACGUGCGGGGCCGCGGCCAGCGGGCAGUGCGGCAAGAUGCAGCCGGAGAGCGACGGGCCCCCGGCGCGCGAGCCUCCGCCGGCGCCGCUGGAGCGCGACUACAGCGGCUUCGACAUCGUGAAGGCGACGCAGUACGGCGCCUUCUCCCGCGUGAAGGAGCUGGUGGAGGCGGGCUGGGACGUGAACCAGCCGGACCACGAGACGGUGACGCUGCUGCACUGGGCCGCCAUCAACAACCGGCGCGAGAUCAUCCAGUACCUGCUGAGCAAGGGCGCGGCGGUGGACGCGGUGGGCGGCGAGCUGCAGGCCACGCCGCUGCAGUGGGCGGCGCGGCAGGGGCACCUGGAGGCCGUGGUGCUGCUGGCGCGCGCCGGCGCCGACCCCGCGCUGCGCGACGCGGAGGGCUGCGCCAGCCUGCACCUCGCCGCGCAGUUCGGGCACACGGCCGUGGUGGCGUACCUGGUGGCGCGCGGCGUGUCGCCCGACGCGCCCGACGCGGGCGGCAUGACCCCGCUCAUGUGGGCGUGCUGGAAGGUGUCGGCCGUGGACCCCACGCGCCUGCUGCUCACGCUGGGCGCCUCCACGCGCCCCGCCGACCGCUCGCACGGGAACACCGCGCUGCACUGGGCCAUACUCGCACGGAACACCACCGCUAUAUCUACUCUUUUACUCUAUGGCAAUGCAAGUUUGGAUGUGCCUAACCAGCGAGGUGUGACUCCACUCACCAUGCUGCAGACCAACGCAGACUCCCUGUGGGUCGGCUCCAAGGUGGCCGAGAAGAUCAAAGAGCACAUGCUCGCCACCACUAGGAAGAAUAUAUUUAGACGUCUCAUGUAUGACAAGAAAUUCAGAUGGUGGGUGGUGGUGGUGAUGCCGUUCAUAGCCUUCUACAUAACCGGACUGAUAUUUGAGAUGGAUGCGCUGUAUCUUAUUAAGUUCUUCCUCAUCUCGUGUUUCUACGCGCUCCUGCACUUUGUAGGCCAGGCCCUGUUUGACGAGGAACUGAAGAAUCUACUGCCGCUCAGUGUCUAUUUAGCAACUAAGGCGUGGUUCUACAUCACGUGGCUAGCGUUCAUCGCGCCGGUGGUGGGUCCGGGGCCCACGGCGGGCUUCCUGCUGUGCUCGCUCGGCCUCUGGUACACCUUCCUCAAGUCCUGGCGCUCCGACCCCGGAGUCAUCACCGCCAGUAAGACUGACAAGUUCAGAACAAUAAUCGAGCUCUCGGAGAAGGUGCGCGGCGGGUUCGAGCCGGCGCGGUUCUGCUCGGCGUGCCUGGUGCGGCGGCCGCUGCGCAGCAAGCACUGCAGCGUGUGCGACCGCUGUGUCGCGCGGUUCGACCACCACUGCCCCUGGGUCGGGAACUGUAUAGGUGAGAAGAACCACCAGUACUUCAUCGGCUUCCUGGCGUGCCUGCUGGUGAGCUGCGGCUGGCUGGUGUGGGGCUCGCUGCAGUACUACGCGGCGGCGUGCCCGGGGGCGGGCGCGGGGGCGGGGGCGCUGGGGGCCGCGGGGGCCGCCGCCGCCUGCAACCCGUGGCUCACGUGGGUGCUGCUCAACGCCGUCUUCCAUCUGUUCUGGGUCACCGUGCUCACGUGCUGUCAGCUGUACCUGGUGAUCUGCCUCGGCAUGACGACGAACGAGCAGCUGAACCGCGGGCGCUACCGGCACUUCCAGGCGCGCGGCGGCCGCUCGCCCUUCUCGCGCGGGCCGCUGCUGAACUGCGCCGACUUCUUCCAUCUGCGGCUGUGCGGGCCGCCGGCGCCGCGGGACUGGGCCGGGCUGGACGGCGGCGGCGGCGGCGACUGCGAGCCCAUGCUGCCCAGCCAGUACGUCUGAGCCACGCCCGCCGCUGGUGAUGGCGAGUUCGUCUAGGCGACAGCUCACUGUCAGUCGACAAGCUAGUGUUGAGAGUUCGGUUGGACGUUUGCUAGUUUCGCAUUGCACCGUCAUCGCACGCACGCGGGUGUGACGUUCCGCGCUCGACUCACAUUCCAUUUUUUUAGUUGACUUGCGCUGAAGUGCACAAAGGGACUUUAAGCUAAGGUCGACCUUAGUAUUGCUGCCUUGUUAUAGCAGUAUAAGGACAGAAAUAGAUUUAAAGCCGACAUUUGCUUAGUUCCUUUGUGCAUCUCGGCAUUAUAAUCUGACGUUGAAUCCAGCGGGAUAUUAAAAGACACUUGCACAAGCUCGAUGCACUGUUGUAGAGUAUUUUUUUAUCGUCGGCCGAGCACCGCACUGUAUUAGGAUUAUUGUUUAGUCUUCAUAAAAUACUCAUCAUUUUAGUUGUUUAGUUUUGCUCAAUUUCACAAUAACAUUUCAUAUUUAUUUGCUUUGCUAAAUGUCGACUGACAUCCGUGAAUAACAUCGAACGUGACUUCAACAAAACUGUUUCAGUAACUACUUCAUCUUAAAUUAUACCAACAUAAACUUCAUAUUAAAUUUUUGAAAUCAUAUCAAAAGAUGUUAAAAUAGUUCAGGGUGAAGAAGUUAAAAGAAUUAGUUAAAAAUCAGUCUUUCAGAUUCACGGCGAGCGAGGAGCCAUCACUAGUCGGUGUCAAACGAACAUUCUUUUCGUAGAUGAACUGUUUUUGUUAGUUUCUAACAGUGUCUUUUUAGAGGAAAUGCUAAUACAAAGUGGAAUAGGUAGAGGCCCUUCAUGGAUUUAUUUUGAAUACGGGAUGGUGAUAGUGUCAUUACGGCCAUAUUGUGUACAAGUGUGGUACAGGUGCGGUGGUGGAGUGAGUGUGAAUUUUUGAGGCAAAUAUUGUUGUUGCUACUUAUCGGUGUUACAAUGCAAUGUGAUUUUUCUUAAAUCUUACAUAAUCAUAAGUUAGCAUAAGUAUUUUUUUGUCGUUUAUAUCGGCUUUUCGAUAGUA